GUCAGCUCAAAUUUGACGCGUACGUUACACUUGUUUACCUCGGUCACGCUUAGAACCGCUCACUUGACGCUCUCUGCUCAUCUGCACAGGUGUCUGGAAAAAUGUCAGCUUUUAUGAAAAUAUGCACCGUCGUUGUAAAUAUUUUGUGCACACCGCUCCACGUUAUUUACGCAUUGGGUUUGUUCGGGGUUUACAAACGCCUUUUCCCGAUUUGUCUGUACAGAAUAACCAAAUCUUAUAACAAGAAACUACAUGACACCAAGAAAGACUUGUUCAGCAAAAUCCCCCAGUUCAAAUUGCCUGGGAAGCCGCUAACUCUUCUGGAAAUCGGAUGUGGGACUGGGGCAAAUUUUCAGUUUUUCCCCUCCGGAUGCAAGGUGAUCUGCACGGACCCGAAUCCAUUUUUUGAGAGGUUUCUGACCAGCGCCAUGACUGAAAAUGGCCACCUGUCGUUUGAGCGCUUCGUGGUGGCGUCGGGGGAGGAUAUGGGGUCGAUUGAGGACGAGUCUGUGGAUGUGGUGGCCUGCACUCUGGUCCUGUGCUCGGUCACAGAUGCCCCCCAGACCCUGAGAGAGGUGCUGCGCGUGCUCAGGCCUGGUGGUGCGUUCUUCUUCCUGGAGCAUGUGAUCGCAGACAAAGAGAAGUCCUGGACCUAUUUCUUCCAGCACGUUCUUAUGCCAUUUUGGUUUUACUUUGGCGAUGGCUGUGACAUGACCCGCGCCACGUGGAAACAUCUGGAAAACGCCGGAUUCUCUGAGCUUCAACUGCAGCACUUCCAAGCCCCAUUAGUAGCCAUCGUCAAACCACACAUCAGAGGCUACGCAGUGAAAUAAACCGGUUUCCGACAACAAUGCAACAUCCUAUUCAUGGGUUAAAUUAAAGGUGGACCAUGGAACUUUUCUGUCUGUCAUUAGGGUAAUUACUCCUUAUUUACCCUAGAGACCACUCCUACUUACCACAAUGAGUUUACAAGCUCUUUUCACAACUCUUGAGACCAGUGUGAUGGUAAAGCUAAGAGCAACUAGCAUCAUAACACACACUUCCUGAUUAUUGUACAGUAAAAUUCUUUAUAAUUGGAAGCCAACAGCUCUCACCAGACUUAAUUUGACCUGCUUACACAAGACAUCUGUACAUGGGUAAGAUACAUUUUGCUCAAAUAAAUGGGGAAAACAAAUCAGGUACAUUGCCUAUUAAUCGCCUUAUUAAUUUUAAUUAUAGACGAUAUGCUCGAUAUUCUAAACUUGCAUAUCUCCAAAAUACAAUUGCAAUGUUCAUUUUUUCAAUAUAUCUCCCACCUCUAUCAGUCACUUGCUUGUAGCUACUUUUUUGUUUUGCCUGGAAUGUUCCAGUCUGAUAUAAACUUACUCUAUUGACCUUUUUUGGCCCCGCCCACUCUUGUUAAGUGGGGAUCCCAUUAAUUUAAUUUCUGUAGUCCAAAUAGAACUUGUUUGGUGUCAAGGUCAGCAGCCCCAUGCAAAGUAAUACCACUUGAAUGGCAAUGGCGGUGCUCAUUGAAACUUCUGGAAUAAGGUGGAUAGUAGAGAGGUUUUAUUUUAUUAUUUAUUAGUUGUUAUGAGAGUCAUCUGCUCAUCUCCAUGGAGAUUUUCAAGGUUUAUGCUAUUCUGUGGAACAUUCCAGGGAAAACAAAAACAUUUCUGUAGAGAAAAGAAGGUUUUGGAUCCUCCACCUAAAAUCUUGCAGUGUCUCCCUUUAAACUGUUCAAAUCAAACUGCCCUUGUCUUUUGAAUGGUCCUCACAAAAUCCUAAAAACACAUUUGUCCAAAACCCAUGAAUAGGACUGUAGUGUUGCAUUGUUUAUAACAGUUGACAUCACAAUGUUUGAUUUCAAAAUUUCAGAUGGAGGCCUGGGGUUUAUAUUACUAGAUUCUGGUUUUACAAACUUAUUUAAGUCGAAGGUGCACUAUGUAACUUUACAGGAGUACACUACCUACUUGUCUGCAUGGAGAUGUUAUUGCUUUUCCUAAAAUGUUCAAGUUGGAAUGUCACCAGGUCAAGUUACCGGUCAUAUCUGUGGAGAGGUGACCAGUAAGAAUGCAUGUUUUGCAAGGGAUUUUUGAGCAAUAAAAACACUUGUAAGUACAAAAUAAAUGCAUUGUAGAUAUGUUUAAUGCUUUACUGUGCAACAUUACUGGCAAAGUAAUGGCAUCCCUAUGGAGACAAGUAGUGGACCCCUCUACUUCUAAAUUACAUAGUUCACCUGUGACAAAAAGGUUUAGCAUUUUUACCAACUGGUGUUUUUCAGACUGUGAUUAUGUCAUACUCCCAGAUGGGGGCGCAAGAGCCAGUUUCCCCUAUUGAUUACAUUGUACUUUGUCAUAAAAUAUCCAAAAGGUAAAUUCACAACCUGAACCUGAUCAUUUCUAUUAGUGACUAGACACAAGAAUUCACUGUAUGGUAAUAAAAAUCAUUUUAACAAUAUUCAUUUUAGCUGCCCCUCAUCUGUAUUAAAGUUUAUGGCCCUUUAGAAUGUUGUGAUGUCAUCUGAAACCCAGCAAUAUAUUCCUUUAAACAACUGAAUCUUUUCUGUUGUUCGCCUCUGUCCUCCAUCCAGUACAGGUCAUGCAAUAUGUACAAUAUCUGUGGAUUUUCCUUGGAUAUUUCUUGUGAAAAUGCCAACCCAUUAAACCAUAAAUAUAGGAAUUCUGACUUCUGUUCCCAUUUGAGGAAUUGCAUUAAAAAACAUGACAACAAUCAAUGUUUAACAAGUUUGAUAUAAUCCGCUUGCUUCACUGGUGUAGUUGAAUUCCCUAUACCAUGCACAAAAUUUGCUUGCACUAUUAAGAGAAUAUAUUACUAAUCUAAUGGUAUUUCUUUUAGUAUUAAAGUUUAUUUUUGUAAAAAAUUGUCCACACAUGGGCUAGCACUAAAUGUAAUCAACAUCUCGCAUCCUAUGUUAUCUGUAUUCUGCUAAGCUAGUUUCCAGUACUUCUAAUGCCUUGUUUGUGACACUGUUAUAAUGGUUUCAGUCUGGUUUUGGUGUGAUUUAAUUAAAAGGUUUAAUGCCCGUGUUUUGCUUAAGUUGUUUUGAUUUAUAAUUUGAAAUAGCUAUGUUAAAUGUAAUAGACUGUGUACAACAGCGCCCUCAACCUCACUGUUAGCGUCAUUACUUCCUGUCCAGUUUUAUCUCUGAGGUUUUUUGCCGAGGCAAGCUAAAGUGAGUAAAUAUUUAAAGAUGAGGCAGAAGACAGAGAGACAUGUUAAACACUACACAAAUAAAAUGAAUUUCU